AUGCGCGAAACAACGGUUGUCCAUGGGAGGAAGACUUUCUGCUAUAUAGCCGCAGCAAACGGUAACCUUAAUUGUUUGCGUUUUGCUCAUGAAAAUGGCCGUCCAUGGAAUAUAUAUACGUGCGCCAUAGCUGCAGCGUAUGGGCACUUGGACGUUCUUGAGUACUUGCAUGAAAACAAUUGUCCUUGGGACACAUUAACGUGUGAAAUGGCUGAACAGUUUGAUGAAAUUGAAUGCUUGCAAUACGCUACCUCACAUGGAUGUCCAUGGAUCAAACCUUCAUUCAGCAUUGAGUAG